CAACAAGUAUAAUUUUUAAAAUUUAGCGAGCGCAGUAUUAGCGAUUUUAUACUGUGCAUUAUUUAAUUUCUGCAUUUGUGCAGAAUAAUAAUUUUAUUAAAAAUGGCAAAGGUUUUAUUAUGUUUUAAUAUAAUAGUUAUAUUAGUUUUACAAAAUGUUUUGGGACAAUUACAAGAACUACCGUAUAAAGUUCCUGAUCCAAAAAUAGAGGCCUUUACACCGAAAGGAAUUCGAAUAUCUAUUCCAGAUUCUCCUGGUGUUCAAUUAUUUGGCUUUCAUGGUAAAAUCAAUCAAGCAUUUAGUGGUGCAACUUCAAGCUCAGAACCAGGUUCAAUAGACCUUGAUGUAACUAAGUCUUCUAGUGGAUUAUGGAUAAUUGAAGAUAAUAAUGUAAAAUUAGAGGUUGGCGAUACUAUUUAUUAUUGGGUUUUUGUUCAAUUUAAAAACUUAGGAUAUCGUAAAGAAGAUGGCAGAUGGGAAGUUAAAGCUUUAUUGAAAGCGGAUGGAAGUGUUGGUGUAGGACCAGAAGUAAAUGAGGAAAAUCCACCAAAUGCAGUUUGUGAACCAACGGCUACAAAAGUGAAUGGCCAAUCUACUUGUCGGGGAAAAUUAAUAUUCUCUGACGAUUUUAAUAAACCUAGCUUAGAUUUAAGAAAAUGGACUGUGGAAAGCCGUAUUCCAAAUGAACCUGAUUAUGAGUUUGUCUCGUAUCAACGCAAACCAGAAAAUUGUUACGUUCAAGAUGGAAAUCUUGUCUUUGCUCCAACUGUAAUAACAGAUGCAGAUUAUAUAACUUCAGGCACACUUAAUCUAUCUCAAGCGUGUACAGGACGAGCAGGUACUGAGGAAUGUAUUCGAGAAGUAGAAAAUUAUAUUAUUAUACCACCUGUUGUGUCAGCAAGAAUAUCAUCUAUACCAUAUUUUAGCUUUUUGUAUGGUAAAGUUGAAGUACGUGCAAAACUACCCGCAGGCGAUUGGAUUUUCCCAGAAUUAUAUUUAAUGCCAAAAGAUCAUGAAUAUGGUCCCGAUUACGCUUCUGGAAAAAUGCUAAUUGCACAUGCACGUGGGAAUACUGAAUUAAAGACAGUUGAAGAUCGUCAAAUUAAUUCUCAAGUAUUAUCCGGAGGAUUAAUGCUGGCACAAUUGGAUCCCUUGAAGUCAGUUGGUUUAAGACAGAAAAUAUCACGAGACGCAUCAUGGAAUGAAGACUUCCAUACAUAUACAUUAAUUUGGAGACCGGAUCAAGUAACUGUGGCUGUCGAUUCAGUAACUUAUGGAAGUAUUCUUGUUCCUGAAGGUGGUUUUAAAGGUUUUGGAGAACAGCAUAAGUCAAAACAUACUAAAAAAUGGAGAAAUCCAUCUUCGCCAUUUGACAGAGAAUUUUAUCUUGUAUUUGGCCUUGGCGUUGGAGGUAUUACAGAUUUUCCCGACAACAGUAGGACAAGCGGGUCAGAAUUUAAACCAUGGAAGAAUAAAAAUCCAAAGGCAUUGCUAAGAUUUUGGGAGAAUAUGAGCAAAUGGCAUCCUACAUGGAACGAAGCUUCAUCAAAAUUACAAAUUGAUUAUGUUAAAGUAUGGGCUCUUUAAAUCAACAUUUGCUCGUACUAUAAAGUUUUUGUAUUCCUAGUCCUUAUAAGAGAGACAUCAUAUACUCGGAUUUUUUAAAUAAAUUUUUUAUUUGUAAAAA